CGGGACAGCGGGACAGCGGGGCCGGGGGCCGCAGGCAUACAUUCUAAAUGUGUGGGCUAUUCCACUGCUUUUUCAUCCAUCUUUACCAAAAGAACAAAGUACUUGCAGCCCUGAUCUUCUCCAUGGACAGUUGGCCAGAAGCAAGAACGAGGGAGUGAGGCUAGGGAGGUCUACAUUUAUGGAAGACAGCUUUGUGCAGUAAACUAUCAGGCCAAAGUCCAUGUGUUGUUACCAACAAUGCCCUUCAGCGUCUUGUUUUGGAGUGUGGAGAUCAAAGGGAACAGUGGUAGGGCUGGACUUGUCCAUCAUCUGAUUUGGAAUAAGUCCAAAUUUCAAAUUAAAUUUCAAAAUCAGUGGUAACAAAAAUAAGCAAACCUUUACUGCAUGGUAUAAUUAAUGUUCAGAAAAUGCCCAGAAUCAUAGUAACAACAUGAGUAACCACCUACCUGGAUGCAAAUAUUGUUUUCCCAGCCAGGAUGACAGAGCAACAGCAUCAUGCUUGUAACAGUGGUCCCUGACAAGCCUGUCAAAUCUGAUUAGACAUAAGACAUUAUUUUAAUUAAACCUUCUUUAGGAAGGGGAUGAUGAAAUGUGGCUGGCAGCCUGUUCUUAUGUUAGUGAGUGUGGUGCUUAACAGUUUGCUGACAAAUGCCUUCUGAAGUAAUGGUGUCUUAAUAAGUGCACACUCACAGUGCUUCAGCAAUACCUGUGUGAUAUAAACUCAAAUGUUAUGUUUAUCUAAAGUGACUGGCUCUGGAAAUAAUCCAUUUCAUGACUAGCUUGCUGCUGAUGUGUCUUAGCUAGUUCUGUGGUUAAUUAAGGUGUUUUAUAUGGCAGAGGAAUUAUUUUUCCACUGCAUCUCGAAGUUAAUGCAGACACCAGGUCAGCAUUAGGAUUUUACUACAGGAUUGGCAGCAAAAGCAAGAUCCAUCGAUCUUAUGUGGGAUGACACUGAGACGUUAUGCAACUCCAGUGUUAUAGGCUACUGCAAGACUCCUUGGAAGCUGGAUGUGCAGUUUUGGCUUGUUGGGAUUUAUAUAUGUUGCUACUCAUGUCCCUGGAGCAGUAGCAAGUGGUGCUCCCUUGAGCAAACACCCUUAAUCUACUUGAGUUGGCAAAGUGAGGAGGUUACUUUCUCUUAUCAGAAGUUUUUGAAAUCUUCAAAAAAAGGAGUUGCUUUUCAGUCUGAGGCAGUAACUAGAAAAAAAACUGAGACAUUAAAAUAAGUGUGUAGAGGCUUUCUCCCAAGUUCAGUGGAGAGUGAGCAGUGCCACGCCGUCUCCUGCCACAAAGAGAGGACUGGUGAGGACGUGAAGACAGGAACUACCAACACAGCUGGCUGUGAAACCUGGGUCUGAAAGUGCAGCUACUUCAUGUGCUGUUGUCUGCAGUCUGGGCACUGAGACCGGUUCUAAAUGGCUUCUAAGAAGUUGGGAUCCGACUCUCAUGGGCCUUUCAGUUACCUUGAUGAUGUCCCAUUUAAGAUAGGAGACAAGUUCAAAACCCCAGCAAAGGUUGGAUUACCCAUUGGUUUCUGUCUGUCUGAUUCUUCUCAGCUUGUCAGAGAAGCCCAGUAUGACUUCUCACUGGAAAAGAAAACAAUUGAGUGGGCUGAAGAGAUAAAAAAAAUUCAGGCUGCCCAGAGAGAAGCUGAACGCAAGGCAGAAGAAGCCCUAGCAAACUCAAAAGCAGCUCCAGAGGACAACACCAGGAUGGGGUUCUCAGAGGGACCUUGCCCUGAAGCCAUGCCUCCUCCUAUUAACCCCAUCCUCGCUAGCCUGCAGCACAAUAAUAUUCUGACUCCUACCCCAGCCAACACCAGCUCUGUGAAGCAGAAGGUCCUCAGUCCACCUCGUCCAAAGGCAGAUUUCAACCCAGCUGAUUUUGAAUGUGAAGAAGACCCAUUUGACAAACUGGAAUUAAAAACUAUUGAUGAUAAGGAGGAAUUAAAAAAUAUCCUUGAAAUUCAUGUUGGUACUACUGGGCCAAUUGUUGCCCAGCUGUUAGAUAAUACUUUGCCUAAAGGAGGGUCUGAGUCUGUGUUGCAAGAUGAGGAAGUUCUGGCAUCCAUAGAAAAGGCCACGUUGGACUUCAAACCCCUUCACAAACCCAAUGGCUUUAUCACUUUACCACAGCUGGGAAACUGUGAAAAGAUGUCCUUGUCUUCCAAAGUGUCCCUUUCCCCCAUCACUUCAGUGAGCAAUAUCAAAUCCCUUUCAUUCCCUAAGCUUGACUCCGAUGAGGGUGAUCAGAAAUCAACAAAGCUCACGAGCACUUUCCACAGCACUACCUGCCUCCGCAAUGGCACUUUGCUUAGCUCUUUGCAGACCUGUGCUCAGAGCAAAGUCAGUGAACUGAAUGGACACCAUAUGCUUGGUCUUUCCGCUCUAAAUGAGGACAAUGGCAGGGAGACAUUAUCCUCUUCAUCCAGGCUGUCUCCCCGGGUUGUUUCCACUGUUUGUACAGAAGAAGAAUCAUCUCAAAGUACAUCGACUACGCAGGUACACCCAGACUACCAGGAAACAGAAAUCCCUGUGGUAACACACCAAAACUUUGCAGUGUCUAAAGUGCCCAAUAAUAGUAGCUGCACGAAGUGGCCAGGUGGUCUUGCGGCUGAGCUGCAGCAGGGCCUCUCCCCCAGCGAGAGGCACUGUGUGGAGACCGUGGUCAACAUGGGCUACUCGCCUGAGAACGUCCUGAAAGCCAUGAAGAAGAAGGGACAGAACAUAGACCAGGUUUUGGAUUACCUGUUUGCACAUGGACAGCUUUGUGAGAAGGGCUUUGAUCCACUUCUUGUUGAAGCAGCUUUGGAAAUGCACCAGUGUUCAGAGGAGAAGAUCACAGAACUUCUCCAAUUAAUGAGUCAAUUUAAAGAAAUGGGCUUUGAACUAAAAGACAUUAAGGAGGUCUUAUUAUUACACAACAAUGACCAACACAAUGCUUUGGAAGAUCUAAUGGCCCGUGCAGGAGCCAGCUGAAGACACAUUCCUGGAUUCUUUGUGUGCAACGGAGCAGGACCAGCCCCGCCACCUUCGCAUCCAGUGUGACUUGCUCUCAGUGGGAAGGAGUCCAGCUUUUCUCAUACAAGGGAGAGUGACUGAGCAAGUCUGCCUGCGUGCAUCACUCCAGCAUUUCUCUUUUCACUGAGGGCCAACUUUCAUUCUUAAAUUAAAUUUUGAAGUGUCCUUUCCUGAGUUUCCUUUUUCCAGCUUGGCCACGGAAAGUUGAGACUGCCCAGCCUUGACUGGAAUUGUACAUAGGUAGAGAUGGAGUGGUUGCCCCCCUCAUUGUUGCACUGGAGUUGGACAGAAGAAUAUUAAGUUGGGUCUGAAACUAGGAUGCUUUGGUUCUUUGAAGCUGCUUUCAUGGUGUCUUGUCUGCUUGUACUGAAUUACUUGACUGUGUCACAGUCCAGAUUACCUGGUUAAAUUUGACCUUUAGUGCAAUGGAGUUUUAUUUUUUGGUUGAAAGUUAGUCUGUAACUUAGUAGAACACUGGUUCAGAAACUGUCACUAUGCAUAAAGACAGAACCUUGUUUUGUCCUCUUGGUUUUUGUUUUUUACCCAUUCAUCCAACACUUCUGCCAGACACAAGUGUGCAAUGCUGAGUGGUAAAUUCCCUUGAAGCAGGUAAGCUGUGAACUCGACCUAGACCUGCAACUUGUGUUGGUUCUUGAACCUGAAGGCAGAGAGCUGGGGCUCAAUAUUUUUAAUCCCCUGGGCUUGUAGGAUAUUUAAGACAAUGCCCUGCUAGAAAUUCAGUUAUCUUUUUGAUCUAAAUAAUAUACAGUGUGAUGCAGGAGGUUUCUUUCAAGCACUUUCUUUAAAACAAAUAUACUCACUGCAUUAGUUCCAUUUUUCACAUUGCUAUAGAGCUACAUAAUAACAUCUAGUACUACAAAUCAGGUUUGGGGUUGUUUUUGAUAGUUCAAAGUAUUAUGUUGUACAUUGAUCAAGUUCUAAAUACAUGAAAUAUCAGCAGUCUAGAGGAAUCUCUAAUUUGCUAAAUAUUUUGAUUCUGCAGAAGAGCAACUAAUAAAACCCUGAAAUACAACUGUCAUGUUUCCCAUCUCUCAUCUCUCAUCCUCUUUGGCUUCAGCAGACAAAGAACUUGCUGGAUCCUGCCUGCCCAGGUGCUGCCAUCUCCUUUGGGCACAUGUGAACACUGCAGUGGGGUGCUGUGCUUCUCUGUGGCUUAUUUUUGUUUUGUGGCAAAACCCCAGCCUAGGGAUCUAAAUGCACAUUAGAGCCUGGAGCUGGAGCAUUGGGCUGCUAGAGGUCAAAACAUCUCAGCUCAUUGCAUCAGUGUAGGUUUUCAGUACGAAGUUUCAGCUCAUAAGGGCUCCAAAGGAGACGAUGGCAUUUCUCUCCGUUAUGUUAACUUUCUAGGAUCGAAACAUCUAAUUUGGGCCCAGUGUGCACUCCUGGAAUUCUCUGUGGGGUGCCCAACUGUGUGAAUUACAUACAUUUACUUUAAAAUUAUGCAAGAGAGGGAUCUGCUGGCAAGUAUCUAGGAGGUAUGGAGUGGAAUGAGGAGGAGCAGAGCAGGCUGCCUUGCACGUACCCCAGUGUUGACCGUUUUCUAGUGGUAGAGCUGAAAUAAAGCUUGUCUAAGGACAUUCAACAGCUGAUGGGACAACAGCUGCUGCUUCUGUUAGUGCAGGUACUGUCCAGCUUUUCUUCCUUCCCAGGUGAAAAAUGCAACAGUGAAGUGAGGAAAUGGGGUUCCUGAUCAAUUUGAAAACCUUGAAAACAAAAUUCGAAUUUUGCUUUACCAUCAUUGCUGAGAGCAUUUGAUUGUGUUACUUGUUCUGGUUUUCUCAGAAUUGCUACCCAAGUGUGUCCCUGUCUGCUACCAGACAGUUCUGAAGGGGCAAGAAGUCUUUGCCAGCAAAGAAACAACUAUUUAGACAAAACCUCUGAAUAAAAUAAUCUCUGAUUGUA